AGAUUAGAUUAGAAUCAAUUAUUAUUAGAUUAGAUUAGAUUAGAAUCGCUUAUUGGGGCCAAACCUCGAUUAGAGGUUUGCAUUAAGCGUCCAUCAGCACCAUGGCCAGCUGCGCGCACUCCCACUGUGUCAUUCUCACAAAAUUCCAAGCCUUUUUCACUAUCAUUAUCUCUUCUGGGGCCAUGACUUGGAUGUCUACACACAAAGCACCAGACCCUGUGCCUGGAUCCCCCCGUUGGUGGGUAGGCAGGGCAGGGUUUGAGUCUCUCCUGACGCCAAAGCCAGGCCUGGAGAAGACUGAGCGGGCGCCACUGUCUGCCAGUAACUGAGGGGCUGUCAUUUGCCUUUGGGCUUGGAGAAUUCUAAAUGUCGACGGAAAGGGUCCAGCAAACCCCCCUUCCCCUGCCAUUUUCAGAUGAGGAAACUGAUGCACAAUAGGUUAAGUGACUUGCUCAAGUUCACACAGGUCGGCAGGUGCAGAGCGGGGAUUUGAACUCGGGUCCUCUGACUCCAGACACAGUGCUCUUCCCAUUGCAGCACACUGCCUUAUUAUUCUGCUUGAUACCAGGAUCAGAACCAGAAAAAUUGUGGGGCGAGCUGCUGAGAGGAAGACUUCAGCUUGAUGCACAGAAUCACUUCCCAAUAACCUGAGCCACCCGUAAGACAGGUAGUGAGUUCCCCAUCACCAGACGUCUUCGAGCAAAGGGCGAGAUGCCCACUUGUCUGAUACGCUGCAGGAAGGGUGGGAGCUCAUGGUUCCAACACAAGUCGGGCUAGACCGAAAGGCCUCUUGCUUUAAGGUUCAGUGAACGCCAGAGUUACUGCCCCGCCCCUCGGCCCCAGAGAACUCGAGAACUAGCAGGGCGUAGGAGGGCUCCAUCUGCGCAUGUGCCGCCACCCUCGCCGGCUUCUGCCCUCAGUAAAGAUGGCGCCACCGCCGCCGGAAGUUGCCGAAACUGCGGUUCCGGAAGCUGUCAAAACGAAGUGUUUCCGGAAGUUGCCGAGAUUGUCCGGAAGCUUCCGAGAGGAGGGCAUCGGGGGAAGCAGGAUGGCGGACUCGGUUAAGAAGCUGCGGGCGGAGGGCAUCGAGAAGCGGGUUGUACAGGAGGGCACCGGGGAGCUGCCCGACUUCCGGGACGGGACCAAGGCCACCUUCCAUUUCCGGACCCUGCGCAGCGACGAGGAGGGAGCGGUCAUCGAUGACAGCCGCCAGCGGGGGAAGCCCAUGGAGCUCAUCCUGGGCAAGCACUUCAAGCUGCCGGUGUGGGAGACGAUCGUGCGCACCAUGCGCCCGGCCGAGGUGGCCGAGUUCCUCUGUGACGUCAAGCACGUGGUCCUGUACCCGCUGGUAUCGAAGAGCCUCCGGAACAUCGCGGCGGGCAAAGACCCCUUGGAGGGCCAGCGGCACUGCUGUGGCAUUGCCCGGAUGCAGGAGCACAGCUCCCUGGGCCACGCCGACCUGGAUGAGCUACAGCAGCACCCCCAGCCCCUCAUCUUCCACAUAGAAAUGAUCAAGGUGAGGGUCCAGGGCGGGCCGGCCAGGGACACUGGGGAGGAGACUCGGCCCUGCCCUGCGUUGACCGGGUGACCUUGGUCCACUCAUGGUCAUCUCCCAGAGGGGAGGCCUCUGAAUGCUCCGAAGGCUCCAGUCACGACUCCAGCACGUAG